CUGUCGCACAGAAAAGCCUCUCAUUGGAUUUACUCUGAUAGACCAAUCCUGAAGCUAAAGCUUGAUUCGGAAAAAAAGGGAAAGGAGUAGUGUAUCUUGUUUUUUGGAAGGAACAUCAGUUCUCAUUCAUUGUGAUCAGGCAGUUGAAGAAACAAGAACAACUAGCAAAAUGUCUCAUGAUGGAAUGUCCAGAGAAGAAUAUGAGGAGUAUCAGAAGCAGAUGGUGGAGGAAAAGAUGGAGAGAGAUGCAGAAUAUUCUACAAGAAAGGCAGAAAGGGCUUGUUUGAGGACUUGUUUAAGAGAAAAAUAUCGAAUUCCAAAGAGUGAACAGGACGAGAUUAUGAUCCAGCAGGCCGGAGAUGACAUUGACGUGCCAGAAGAACUGAUCAAGAUGGUGGAUGGAGAGGUGCCACAGGAGGAGGAAAAGGAGUCCAUCAUGGGUCAAAUGCAGAACCUUCAGAACAUGGAUAUGGAUCAGCUCAAAGAAAAGGCUCAGGCCACAUUUGUGGAGAUGAAAUCCAAGGCUGAGGAGAAGUGCACUCUUAUGUAAUGU